CCUACUUUGUGAAAGAAAACAUUGGGGUUUCUUUGGCUGUUCUUGAUAAACGUUUAAAAAUGAUAUAUUUUAGUUGCUUAUAGUUGCUGAAGUAAAGGAACCCUGCAGCCUUCCCAUGCUAUCUGUUGACAUGGAAAACAAGGAAAAUGGCUCUGUCGGUGUAAAAAAGCCUCUGAUUUGGAAAACUUGACCUAAAUGUGUGAAUAUUAUCUUGGAAAAUUUAAGUUCCAUGGCAAAUGGGAGACCACCUGAUCCUGCAGACUGGGCUGUGAUGGAUGUGGUGAACUACUUCCGAACAGCAGGAUUUGAGGAGCAAGCUAGGGCUUUUCAGGAACAGGAAAUUGAUGGAAAAUCCCUGCUAUUGAUGACGAGGAAUGAUGUGUUAACAGGACUUCAGUUAAAAUUGGGACCUGCUCUGAAAAUCUACGAGUAUCAUGUAAAACCUCUGCAGACAAAGCAUUUAAAGAACAACUCUUCAUAGUACAGUCAAAUUGGGGUUUCAGGCCUCAAAAAAAUACAUCAAUGACAUAAUUUAGUUUCAUGUGAUGAAACUUUGUAAACAGAAUACAUACAUGUGUAUAUGUAAAGAAUUUCAAUCAAACAAAAUGUUAUCCUAUUGGAUAGACCAGGCAAUCCAUCGGCUGACCUGAAUUCAGCCAGGAGGAACAAAGACAAAACACACAAGAUAGUUUUCCUUGUGGAAUUUGUCUCAUAGAAUCAUCUUUGAUGCUACUGAUGCCCCUCCCCACAAGGGCUUUGAAAUCAUAAGAAUUUCCUUUAUUUCUUUAUAGAUUGCUUUCCAAAAACUCCUUUUAAAAAAGAGAAUUUAGUGGAAUGAGUAUCUCUGGAUUAGAAACUUAGAGUAAAACCAAGCCAACUUGGGGAGGGAGAGAAAAGAGAAAGGGAUUGUUGUCUCCCUAGAAGUCCUCUGCUCCCUGGAGCUUGUGUUCCUUGAUGGAAUUGCUGACGCCCUUGUUUAUAGAGGGUUCUCCACUUGACCUUAUUAAGGUUUCACUGGGAUAUGCUGCAAUGUGGAAAAUAAACAUGCAUUGUGGCCCCUCCCAGAGCAGAACUAUAGCUCUGGAAAGGGAAACUUCAUUGUGUGCUAGGAAAAUCCAUUCUGGUUUCAGCUUACUGUCACAGGGGUAAUAUUUUCUGCAUAGAUUUGCUCACACUGGUUCUUUGUUUCUGAAGAAAGCAUUUUUUUACUUUAUGGUUUAUAUUUAUAAUUGUUUCAGAAGAUAUUAAGAGUCAUAGUUCAAUAAGUCUUGUUACUAGCACAGAAUAUUUUUAUAUAUAUUUCUUCAUGAUGCUGUAAUAUUUUUUUAAUUGUCCUAUACUUCGUUUGAUUCCUGGUUUGAAUGCUUGUUUUUAAGAACUUGAAAAAGUGGGCUUGCUACAUCUCUGUUCAAAGAGACAUUUGUUCAAUCUCUGUGAGUCAACACCUUGUUGAAUUGGUGCUUUGUGGUUGCAAUAAAGCAUUGCUUCAGUUUA